GGAAGAUAAAGAGAGUCGUAGAAGCAAGCAAGUGUGUGCGGUUUCAAAGAAAUAUUAAUGGCAAAGUGUAUGGUGGCAGAUACACAUUGAAGGAGUGCAAUAAAAGGGGGUUGUUUCAGUUGGGUAGGUCUGUGUUUUUAUAAUGCUUUGAAGCCUGCCCUCCAGCUCUUAAUUUCUUUUGCUUCAAGUUGUGCUGUUCCAAAGAACAAAAUAUUUAAAACAGUAUAUCAAAUAUUGAAUCCAAUGCAGGCAAUGAUGACCUUGAUGCUGAAAGUCCAAGGGGGUCUGUGCAAGAUUUAAUUAGCCUCCACCCACCACCCAUCCUCACCAUUAAUGCAACUCCUUUUCUUUGUUCCUUUCUUUGUUUGUAUUGGUGUUUGGGUUUAGUAAUAUCAAGAAAAAAGUCAGGGUUUGUUUUGUGCUCUUGGUUUUGCUAGUAAUGUUGUUCUAGUUUUCCCCAGUUUCUUGGCACUGAAUGAGAUAUGGGUAUUGUUGGAAGGAAGAGAGGGUUUCUAGCUCUUCUUCUGCCUAUCUGUUUUGCUAUCUUGCUUGGGAGAUUUCCUACGGUUUUGGGUCUAAAUUACACAGAAUAUAGGCAAGUGAGCAGAUUGAGACUUGAAAGGAUAAAGACGCAUUUGGACCAGAUUAACAAGCCUGCCGUCAUGACCAUAGAGAGCCCAGAUGGAGAUAUCAUUGAUUGUGUCCAUAAAAGAAAACAACCUGCUUUAGAUCAUCCUCUCUUAAAGAAUCACAAGAUCCAGAGACAUCCUCAAGAGAUGCCCAAAGUGAGAAUGAUGAAAGAAGAUGGGGCGAGAGAUGAGAAGAGUAAUGAAGUAGUGAAAGGUGCAUGGCAAAUGUGGCAUCAAAAUGGUACACGAUGUCCAAGAGGAACGGUUCCCAUACGGCGAAGCACAAUGCAUGAUGUGUUAAGAGCCAAGUCUUUGUUUGACUUUGGGAAGAAGCAACGUAGGGUUUCUCUUACUAGGCGCACUGAUGCACCCGAUGUAGUCAGUGGCAAUGGCCAUGAGCACGCAAUAGCCUACACUGGAGCGCAAGAAGUGUAUGGGGCAAGAGCAACAAUAAACGUAUGGGACCCAGCAAUCCAAGUGGUGAACGAGUUUAGUCUCUCCCAGAUUUGGAUUCUUUCCGGUUCAUUCGACGGCUCAGAUCUCAACAGCAUAGAAGCUGGAUGGCAGGUCAGUCCGGAGCUUUAUGGUGACAGCAGGCCAAGAUUGUUCACUUACUGGACGACUGAUUCGUAUCAGGCAACAGGGUGCUACAACCUUCUUUGUGCAGGAUUUGUGCAAACCAACAGUAGGAUUGCCAUCGGAGCUGCCAUUUCUCCAGUAUCAUCAGUUUUAUCCAAUCAAUACGACAUCACCAUACUCAUUUGGAAGGAUCCAAAACUAGGAAAUUGGUGGAUGAGCUUUGGUGACAAUACAUUAGUAGGAUAUUGGCCAGCGGAGUUAUUUACACACUUAGCUGACCAUGCCACCAUGGUGGAAUGGGGUGGUGAGGUGGUGAACACACGGGCCAAUGGAGAGCACACCUCAACCCAAAUGGGCUCAGGUCACUUUGCCAAUGAUGGGUUCGGAAAAGCAAGCUACUUUCGGAACCUAGAGAUCGUUGAUGCUGAUAAUAGUCUCAGCUCAGUGGAAUAUAUCUCAACCCUAGCUGAAAACACCAAUUGUUACAGCAUCAAGAGCUCCUCCAACAAUCAAUGGGGCACUUACUUCUAUUAUGGGGGCCCUGGGAACAAUCCACAGUGCCCAUGAUCAUAUAUAUUAUAUAAUCACCAUCAAGUUCGAAAUAUUAUCAUCAUCAUUAUUGAUAUUAUCAUAUAUCUUAAUCAUCACAAUAUAUAACUUGUAGGUCCAAGUAAAAUCUCCAUCGCUAAAUUCUUUUAUGUGUAAUUAUAGAUUGUAUGCUAUUUCCACCUUUGUUUAUGCUACUACCACAUUUUUUUGGAUGUGAGGGUUUGUAUUAAUUGAAUAAGAAAAAAUUAAGCAUUGUAUAAACAGGCGUGGAAAUAGCAGUAUUUUGGAUAGUUAUAUUUUAUUUCAACGUUUAAUCGGUUGAUUGUUAUAGCACAAGUUUGCUGCUCUUUUAGUUUCAA